AGCUUAGCCAAACAUGCCCUCUGGUGUCUGUUGUGGUUCUAGGGUUCGCUUGGCUGGCUUGUUGGUUCAGUGAAGCUCUGGAAUGGCGAAUCAAGUGUACGGAUCCAAAUCGUCGAAGCACAAGGGCGGUAGAGCCACGCCUUUAGACGUUGACGCUUCUUCACUCGACUCUAUAUAUAAGCGUUCCUCUUCUCAAGCAAUAUAUCAUCAGUCUCUUCUUGGCACCCAUAAUACGAUUGGGCAAAGUGAAGCUUUGUAUUCUACCAACCCUUUAGUGAAGCGUCCUAGAUUCCAGAGCAGUUUGCCUGUUUACCCGCAAAGGCCUGGAGAAAAGGACUGUGCCCAUUAUAUGCUUACAAGAACUUGCAAGUUUGGAGAUAGCUGCAGGUUUGAUCAUCCUUUGUGGGUCCCUGAGGGUGGAUGCCCUGGUUGGAAAGAGAUUGCAGUUGCCGUUACAAGUGAAGAUCUUCCGGAGAGACCUGAAGCCCCAGAUUGCUCGUAUUUCCUGAAGACUCAAGCAUGCAAGUUUGGUCCCAAGUGCAAAUUCAAUCACCCAAAAGAUAAAAUCGUCUCUUCAUCUGCUUUAGAAAACACCGAUGGUUCUGAAUUACCAGAGAGACCCUCUGAGCCCCAAUGUGGGUUUUAUAUGAAGACCGGGGUAUGCAAAUUUGGUUCAUCAUGCAGAUUCGAUCAUCCAAAAAACAUCUCAAUAACAAUUGCUGAGGGGGAAGAUGGUAAUGGCGGGCAGAUGGCGGCAAAUGGAAAGUUGGCACCUUCAAUUCCGACCUUUACCCCUGCUACGUUGCAUAACUCAAAAGGCCUCUCCAUUAGACCGGGAGAGGAGGAUUGUUCAUUUUACAUGAAAACCGGCAGUUGCAAGUUUGGUGCCACAUGUCGUUAUAAUCAUCCGGAGAUAUACGCCGUGGAUCCACCUGUCUCCUUCGUAUCCACAAUUGGUAUGGUCAACCCAGCUUCCUCAGUCCUGCAGCUUGGUUUGGGACCUACUAUCUACCCUCAGCGACCUGGUCAGAUGGAAUGUACUUAUUAUAUGAAAGCUGGGAAGUGCAUGUAUGGGGAUACAUGCAAAUUUCAUCAUCCUGUUGACAGGGCAUCACAUGCAAAUGAAGCCCAACAACAAGAUGUUAAGCUUACUCUUGCUGGUCUUCCAAGGAGAGAGGGUGCUGUAAAAUGCCCAUACUACAUGAAGACGGGGGCUUGCAAGUAUGGCGUGACAUGUAAGUUUGACCACCCGCCACCUGGAGAGGUCAUGGGCAUGGCAGCAACCAGUGAAGAAGUCAAAGAUGGUCGAAAGGAAAACGAUACGAGAUAAAACAAGUUUCUGGAAUAUUAAUGUGUAGUGUCAUUUUGCUCGACUACAAAGCUGAUAGUUUGAUUUGAUGUAUUACGGUCCAUAUCCGCCGCCUCCAUCAUAAUUAGUUUCUGAAUACUAUUUAGUCAUGACCACUUGUGAAUACUGUGCUGGGUGAAGAAAAUGAUGGUGAUCACUGGCUUUUAAUUAAAA